UUUUUUUUCUUCCAAGAUGGCACGCAUGCGCGAGACGUGGCAAACAUUGAUGACUUCCGGUACCAGGGUAUUAUCGCCCACCAAGAUCUUUGGAAACUUAGUUUCAACUUUAUUUGUUUAUAACUCUAUAAGCAUACACUGAAGAUAUAUCACCAUGGCGAUAACAGUGAAUGGAGUCACAGGGUUUUUCUCAAGUUUGGUUGAUCUCCAGUCAUUCCCAUUAUUCUGUGCUUAUAUGUUAAUGAUACUGCUCUCAUCACUAUGGCAACGCAUCGCCCCUCCGUUAUCUCUCAGGCCUAUUCUUGUUGUGUUCAACUUUGUAUGCAGUGCUGUAAGUGGCUAUACAAUGAUUGGAUUUACAUACGGAGUACUCAACUGUACUCACAUAUACUCAAUGGAGUCAGACUCAAAUCUCAGGUCAACAUUUUGGAUAUAUUGGCUCACAAAAAAUUUUGAGCUACUGGACACAGUUUGGAUGAUUUUACGUCAUAAAAACCGGCAGAUUUCAUUUCUACAUAUAUACCAUCAUGGGAGUAUGCUGCUAUUAAGUGACUAUGCAUAUCAGUACACACCUUGGGCACCUAUCGCAUUUUUUCUUGCGAUGAACUCAUUUGUACAUGUGGUGCUUUAUUAUUAUUAUGGGAUGGCCGCGCUCAAUCCACAGAAUCCGCCAUCUUGGAAGAAGCGACUUACAGAACUACAGAUUUUGCAGUUUGCAAUUGGUUGCUGUUUUUCAACAUGUGGUUACCUAUACCAUGGGUUUUGUAUUUAUAGUAUAUUUUACGGUAUAACCAUGGCUGGUCUUUUUUCCAAUUUUUAUUAUCAAGCAUAUUUUCGAAAAAGAUCAUCUAAGAAAGAUGCGUAAAGUUGGAGAAACAUUUGAGAAAUAUUCAGUGAAUUGUUGAGAAACAAAUGAUGCAAUUUUAAAGAAUGAAUGAAUUAAAUAUAUGUUGCAAUAAGUUUCAUAUUGAUCAAACCAUUGUUCAAUAGAUGAUGAACAAUCUUAGUUUGUGUGAAGUGUAUAUUGGGAAAGUAUAACUCUAAAAAAUCUGUAUGAUUUGAUUAAUGAAUUGAAUAACAAUUCAGUAUUUUUAUUCAGUAUUUUAUGUCUGCAUAAUAUGUUUAACCUCUGCAUCUAACUGAGACUAUGCAAAACUUAAAUUUCAAGAUGCAGUUACUUUAUAUGUACAGGGUGAGCCAAAAUAUGUAACCCAAACAAAUCUUAAUAACUCAGUCAUCCAGUAUGGGUUAAAACCAUAUUUGGCACAAGUGAACCUUGUUGAAUGUUCAUACUACCAAGUUUCAUUGAUCUAUGCCAAAUUGUCGCAAUUUUAUGGCCAUUUUACAAGACCUGCUUCAAAUGCCAAAACAUACUAAAAUCACCA